AUGAUUGAAUGGAUUUGGAAUUCGAUUCAGUCUAUCAAUAUUUGGAAGUGUUUACUCAUAAUCUUCCUUGCGGUCAAUUUGAAAAAUCUACCGCUAGUUUUCCAUUAUCGCAUCUUCCACCCCAUCAUAAAGAGCUUCUUUGGAAAAAAAAGAAACCAUCAAGUAUCAGCUCGUCAUCAAGAUAAAGACUUACCUCUUGUCUUCCUUCCUUGUAUAACGACAACAUACACGCCACUACUUGAGGCAGACUACAACCUGCAUAAGUCUAAUAGUACAUAUUUUACCGACCUUGAUGCAAGCCGCUCUCAUCUUCUGUCAUAUCUUUGCUAUCGCGGAGUUACUGUUGUUGAUCAAGAGCUCGCUGCUGAAGGUAAACGGGGGAUUAUGGCCGCCAUAAUUGGAUCUGUUACCACAAGCUUCAAGAAGGAAAUCCGAAUCUUCCAGCAGUACGAAGUAUGGUCACGGAUUCUGACAUGGGAUCAAAAGUGGCUUUAUAUUGUGACACAUUUCGUUCAGAAAGGAAGCGUCAAGCAACAUGAUUUGGUCACUCAUAAGUUGUCGCCAGGAAAGGUUUUUAGAAAUUGCGAUGUGGCUGGAAGCGGGAGGAGCAGGGAAAAAUCAGCGCGACCUGUUGUAUUUGCAACCUCAGUCUCUAAGUAUGUGUUCAAAAAGGGCAGAUUGACAGUGCCACCAAAACGACUUCUGAGGGCUUCGGGUCUUUUGGGAGAAGGUGACAAGACGGGAGACCUUCCCGCCCAAUGCCAGGACCCUCAGCCGAACAGCACCGGAGUCACCAUGGGCAAAAACACCAACGAUGUGGGAGAUUUAGAAAUCGGCCGAGUCAUCGAGAAAGAACGGCUCAGAGGGAUGAAAUACGCCAAGGCUUGGGCUGAAUUGGACACCCUACACGAGGAGCUGCUUAGGGAUAACGAGACAAGUGACUGCGUUCCAACCAUUGGAAACUUCAGUGAUAUUGCGGGUUAUGGUAUUGCUUACCGCUAG